AUGGAGCAGCAUCAGGGCGACCCAUGGGGUCAGGCAGGCGGUCUGGGGCUUCUACCUGUGGAGGUGACUCAAGGAGGAGGCAUCACUGACACGCCCAGCCUGGGUCACACGCCUUACGUGGACUACCACAAUCCCUCCAUCCCGGCCCUGACCCCUCUGCCUGUGCUUCCCCCAUCAGGUUACCAUCACUCUAAACUGCCGCUGUCUUCUGCUUUCUACUGCGACCUCGCCAACUGCCGCGGCAGCCCCGCCACGCCCCCCGCCAGCCCGCCCGAUCUCCUCGGCCGGCCACGUACGCCACUUACGCUGCCGGGGCGUCCCCGCCGCCGCCAAGCCCGCCGGGUGCAUCCUUCACCGCCGCAGCCGCUGCCGCCGCCGCCACCGCCCCAGCCGCUGUUCGAAAUGUGCCCGCCCGGCUCCCGCUACGGGUACACAACGCCGCUGACCGAUGCGGGCAAGGCCUUUUCCAUUGCCUUUGCGCUCCUGGGCGUGCCGGCCACCAUGCUGCUGCUGACGUCCUCGGCCCAGCGCCUGUCGCUGCUUCUGACCCACGCACCCCUCCUCCGGCUGACCACGCGUUGGGGCUGGGACCUCCGGCAGGCGGCCUGCUGGCACCUGGUGGUCCUGCUGGGAGUCGUAGUGACCACCUGCUUCCUGGUGCCGGCUGCCAUCUUCGCGCGCCUCGAGGAGGGCUGGAGCUUCCUGGACGCCUUCUACUUCUGCUUCAUCUCUCUGUCCACCAUCGGCCUGGGUGACUACGUGCCCGGAGAGGCCCCCGGCCAGCCCCACCGGGCCCUUUACAAGGUGCUGGUCACAGCCUACCUCUUCCUGGGCCUGGUCGCCAUGAUGCUAGUGCUGCAGACUUUCCGCUACGUGUCCGACCUUCACGGCUUCACGGAGCUCAUCCUGUUGCCCAGUCCUUGUCCCGCCAGCCCCGGCGAGGAUGACGACGAUCGGGUGGACAUCGUGGACCCGCAGCCGGAGUCACAGCACCAGCAGCUGGCCGCCGGCUCCCACGCCGACUACGCCUCCAUCCCCAGGUAG